AUAAAUAGUUAGGGUUGGCCAUCAAAACCUAUGACAUAGAAGCAGAAACCCUAAGAGAGGCAUUAAGCAUGAUUCUCUUGGAAGGCAACACGCUUGAGUUGCUAGUGGUUGAGAACUGUGUUCUUUUAACUUGUUUUAUUGUUUUGCAGAAUUUUCUUUUCAUUUCUUCCACAUCAAAUAGGAGAAGAUCCUUUAUGAGAGCCAGUUUAAUCAUGCCCAACUUCAACCCUUUAUGUAGAAUUCUAGAAGAUAAUCAUUUGAGUGGGCCCAAUUUUAUUAAUGGGAAGGGGAACUUGAUGAUUGUUCUCACUGUUGAGAAGGUUGUUCAUGUCCUCAAGGGAGAUGCCCCAAAUCUUGCUCAAGAUGAUGCCACUGGGGAGCAAAAGCCUACUUAUGAUAAGUGGUAUGAGGCUAAUGAUCCUACCAGAUGCUACAUACUAGCCUCCAUGACUAAUGUGGAGAGCAAAGCAGGUCUGCACAUCAGCAAGUAAUGAAACAGUUGAUGACCACCAAGAUGGUGGAAGGUACUCCAGUUCGGGAUCAUGUCCUGAAGAUGAUUUCUUUUAUCGACGAACUGGAGACGAUGGGUGCAAGUGUGCAUGGUGACACCAAGGAAGAUGUGAUCCUUUCAUCUUUGCCUAAAAAUUACAAUCAAUUCAUACUUAAUUAUAAUAUGAACAAGAUGAGUGUGACAUUGUCUGAGCUACUCAACAUGCUGCAUCAGUAGAGGAUUUGAUUAAGAAAGAGAAAGGUUCUCUCAUGCUAGUUGAUAAAUCAGUAUCCUCCUCUAGAACCAAGCCCUUUCAUCCUAAGGGCAAGAGGUUCAACAAUAAGAGGAAGUGGUCUCGAGGUCUCAGACUAGUCCUCCAGCCCGGGAGACUAAGGAACAUGACAAGGGCAAUGUAGAGAAGAAACCAAAAGAAAAUUGUUUCCAUUGUGGCAAAACAGGGCAUUGAAAAAAAGAAACUGCCUUACUUAUCUUGCUUCUUUGAAGAACAAGAAAUCUUCUGAAGGUAUGCUCAUUAUUGAAAUAAAUUUAUUGUGUCAACCCUAAAGGAUGGAUUUUGAUAAUCGUAAAACAAUUGAGUUAAAUAUGUAUUCUAAUGAUGGUGGCUUAAGUGUGAAGGUUUAAAUUUCAUGAAGAAAAUUGUACUUACAACCUCCAAAGAAUCAAGAAAAACAAAAUCAAAGGUCUUUGAAAAUUCUGUUUAUAAACUAUGUGAGCCGACCAUUUUAUUUAAUGAGUUGACUCUUUUGUUAAAUAAGUCGACCCCAGUACAGUUCAAUAAAUACAGAGAAGAAUCGCCACCUGAGACAAAUUAGAUGAGCCGACCCUUGUACUUAAAAAUUCGACCCAUUAUCUACAUGAGUCGACCUCCGAUAUUGAAGAGUCAACCCUUUGAGGCCAGCGCAGAAAUUUUGUAUGAGCCGAAGGAAUGAGCCGACCCUUUUGCUUAGUGAGUCAUCCCCUUCAGCACAUGGGACGACCCCUAAAUUUGGAGGGACGACCCCUAUUAUCCUGACAGUUUCAACGGCUACUUUCAAUAGGAUUUCUACUAGGUCUCAACGGCUUGUUUUUUGGUCUAACGGCUAGUUGGUGCUUCCUGGUCAGCAUGAAGCCUAUAAAUUCAAAGGAGCGGCAAAGGAACAAGAGAGGAAUAAGAGAGAAGAUCCAAAAAUUAAAUCCAAGCUUUCAAAGAUCAAAUCCUCACAAGAAAGCUUUUAAAAGAGAAAAACCAUCUAGUGAGAAAAUUA